AUGGACUCUCAACGGGUGAGCCACCAUCUUACCACCUUUCACCAGCCUUACGGUCUUGAAUCCUCCUUUUUGGUCCGUUCUCACCAUGAUCCACUCUCCUUCUCAACUGUGUCUGAUAAAUUUGAUAUGGAGGAGACUGAGAAAUUCAGUAAGUCGAAAUUGAAGAAGACAGAAACGCAAGAGAAAAACUCACUGCCUUCAAAAGAAACGAUUGAACAGGAGAAGCAAGUCGGUGGAUCAUCGUAAGGCAGCCAUGGCCCAUAUGCACAGC